AUGUGGACGAAUAGCUUAAAAUCGUUUUUCUUGUUUUGCUUUAUAAAGGCACACUUGAAUUUUUUCUUCGGGCAAGACAACCACUUCCUAGGAGGACACCUUGUGACAGAUAGAACUGCACACAAUGACGUGGCAUUACGAAAUCGGAUGCUUCAAGAAGAAGCCAAGCCCUACUGCGAUCAGUGGACAGAAUGGUCCAAUUGUUCAAAGUCCUGCGGCAUGGGAGUCAAAAUGAGAGUUCGAACGAGCAGCCAAAAGGAACAUUCCCGAGAAUGCUCCAACAUUAAGGAAACUGCAGUUUGCUUCAUGGACAAUUGCGCAGAGUUGAUGGACACAAGAGAGCGAGACGAAAAGGAACAAAGAGAAAAUGAAAAAACCAGUGCCAGGCGAAAAUAUUUGCUAAUUUUUGGCAUCUUUUCAGCCAUAAACGUAGUCAUAUUACUCGUAUGCGUAAUUUUGUCCAUCAAGAAAAAAGUCAUCUAA